AUGAAAUUACAUUCACACUUGACUAGUUUAGUAGUAAUUAGAUGUUCUGUACCACCAGCUCCGUUACCAAUUGGUCGUACAAAUUGCGGUGCUGCCUUUGAUAUUACUGGGGUAGAUUUUGCUGGUCCAUUAUAUCUCCGAGAUAAUGAGAAACACUGGAUCGCAGUCUUUACUUGUGCAUCUUAUCGCCCCAUUCAUUUGGAAUUAUGUAAGUCAUUAUCUACGGAAGAUUUUAUGCUGGCUUUUCGUAGAUUUAUUGCACGUAGAGGCAAGCCUAAGACUGUCUACUCCGAUAAUGGUACGAACUUUCGUGGUACAAGUAACCUUCUGAAUAGUACUGAUUGGGAAAGGGUUUCACUACGGACGACAUCUCAUAAAAUAGAAUGGCGGUUCAAUCCCCCUCAAGCUCCGUGGUGGGGAGGGUUUUGGGAGCGCAAGAUUAAGAUAAUAAAAGAAAUGUUACGAAAAAUCUUAGGUAAAGCUUGUCUAGACUUCACAUCUCUCUUAACCAUUUUGUGCGAGAUAGAAUGUAUCAUGAAUAACAGACCAUUGACGUACAUUGCAGAUGAUACUGAAAAUCUGAAACCACUUACGCAAGCAAUGUUUCUACAGGAUUUAAAACCCGAAUAUCUUUCAUUGUUAAAGCAACUUGCGUUCAAUAAAUCACGAAUUAUUAAAGUAGGCGAUAUAGUAUUAGUAGAGCUAGAAUCUAAACGUGUAGAUUGGCCACUUGCUGUAGUUACGGCUGUAUUUCCAGGAUCAGACGGGGUUGUUCGAGUAGCACGAGUUAAAACUGCAAUGGGAGAAAAGAUUCGACCACUACAACGUUUAUUUCCAUUGAAGGUACCCUUAAUUUCUCCAAUGCCUAACCCUAUACAGACUGAUCCUGUUUCACCUCAAUUAGAAACACAGCAGACUCGAUGUGAUCGUUCUAUUAAAAUACCACAAAAAUUAGAUCUUUAA